GUGCGACACUAACGGGCUAACCGCACGUUAUACGUGCAAAACGCAUACCUCCAAACGUAAACAUGAGUAGCGGCAAAAGAAAACUGUCGUUUCUCGGAUUUGCUCCGCAGGGCGAUGGAGAGGAUGAGUUGAGGUUGGAUGAGGAGAUGGAUCGGGUGGUGUGGAGCGACCCUGGGCCACUGCCGCCGAGACUUCAAAACUCUGGCGAGCCACUCAGAGACGUCGCUGCACCGCCCCCUUAUGCUCAAGGCGCAAGUCAGCCAAGCAGCUCGGAUCUUUCCCCGGCUAGUGCACACCCCACUUCCAGUUCUGAUGCACAGAUGUCCGGGUCAGCAUCGCCAGGCAGUCCGCGUGAAGAUGAAAGGCACGUGCAAUUCGAUGAAGACGAUGUUGCACCGGCAGUAGAUCCUCUGGACGAUGCAAAUGACGAACGACGGAACCAAAGGCAUGCGCGGCAUUUGCACGCGCACAAGAGUAGAAAAUAUUCAUUGCAAGAAGGUGCAAGGGGGGGUGGGAUUGAUCUAGAGCGGCGUAUUGGAACAGCACUAACAGAAGAGCCGCUCCCCGAGGCAGACCAGGAUGAGUUACACAGCCACCGCAGCGACGACCCGAGGACUCCGCGUAGGCAUAGGAUGCAGCCACGGGGUUCCACGGUGCAUGUCGGGCGAAAGGACGGCAGCGAUAAUGUCCAAAACAUUUUCUCUGAUGCUACUCUAAAGAAAAUGUAUGACCAUAGUCCGCAUUCGGUGUUCGUCCAAUUGGACGAGUUGCUAGCGACGGCGGACGGAGAUGCGGAAUGGAAGGAGACGGCGCGUUGGAUCAAGUAUGAAGAGGAUGUUGAGGAGGGCUCGGCUCGCUGGGGCCGGCCUCACGUAGCAUCACUGUCCUUCCACUCCUUGCUGAACUUGCGACGAUGUCUGGAAAACGGAGUAGUGCUACUCGACCUCGACGAGAAAGAUCUACCUGGAGUAGCAUACAGGGUCGUGGAGAGUAUGGUGACGGAAGGGUUGAUAGAGGAAGAUGACAAGCCAGUGGUGAUGCGCUCUCUGCUGCUGCGUCACCGGCAUGUUCACGACGGUGAACGGUUCAGAUUUUCCAUCAGCGGACGUGGGAAGCAUUCAUCUUAUACGAGUUUACAGUCGCUGUGGAUGGAUGAGGGCCCAGCGGUCGGUGCGCACGGCGCGAGGCCGCGCUGCUCUGUCUGCUCCACCGGCUUUGGCGCCUGUCGCCGCCAUAGCGCCCACAUCCUUAAUCUAGCGGACCAGAAGCGGCGACGAAGCUCUUACGCGCUGCCACUUGACAAACUCGAUGCCCGCAAGAAGUCAUCUGGCGCGGCAUUGGACAUGCAAGAAGUGGAAUAUUUGGCAACAAGUGCUGCAGUAGGAUCACAGGAAGAACUAAAACGAGGCCACAAUGAUUCCAUAAUGAAACGUAUUCCAGGAGAUGCGGAAGCAACCACUGUACUCGUUGGUGCAGUUGGUUUUCUCGAUCAGCCAACGAUUGCAUUCGUACGUCUCGCGCAGGGCAUCUUGAUGCCGUCUAUCACAGAAAUUCCCAUACCUGUUCGUUUUAUGUUCAUUCUUCUCGGUCCAGCAGAAGCAGACCUGGACUACCAUGAAGUCGGUCGGUCCAUCUCAACCCUUAUGUCGAAUCCUGCAUUCCAUUCCAUUGCAUACAAAACAGACAGUAGACGUGAUUUAUUAUCAGCAAUAAACGAGUUCUUAGAUGACUCUAUUGUAUUGCCACCUGGUGAUUGGGAACGCCAGGCUUUAUUACCCUUCGAAGAACUGAGAGCUAAAAGCGAACAGAUCAGAAAAAGGAAACAAGAUGCUUUACAACGAAAAAGGGAAGCCGAUAUUGUGUCUCCUCCAUUAGACGAUAAAAAGGCUCUAUUAGCUGCAGAAACUGGAGGUUUUCCAGAGAAAGAACCUGAUGAUCCUCUGUCAAAAACUGGUCGUCUUUUUGGAGGUGUUAUAAGAGACAUGAAACGACGCUACCCAUAUUAUUUGUCGGACUUCACUGAUGCAUUGAAUGGACAGUGCGCUGCGGCUACAAUUUUCAUGUACUUCGCGGCUCUCUCAUCUGCUAUCACUUUUGGCGGUUUAUUAGCUGAGAAAACAAGCAAACAAAUUGGGAUAUCUGAAACUCUCGUGUUUACAUGUGUCGGUCACGUAUUCUUUGCAUUAGUUGCUGGCCAACCAAUGAUGAUCACUGGUGCUACGGGACCGUUGUUACUUCUUGAUGAUGCAUUAUUUGUCUUCUGUCGAUCCUACGGAUUCAACUUUUUGGCUGCAAGAAUGUAUUGCGGCAUAUGGAUGAUCGUUAUCGCUCUUUGCGUAGCCUCCGUUGAAGGAAGUGUAGCUGUUAAAAAGAUUACCAGAUUCACAGAGGAUAUCUUCGCCUUUCUUAUAUCUCUAAUCUUCAUAUCGGAGCCCGUAACAAAUAUUAUCAACAUCUACCGUGCUCAUCCAUUGGGCUAUGAUUAUUGUCAGCAUAAUUUGAAUACAACUGAUGUAAACGUGAUCAAUGAAACAGACUCGUCUAACAUCACAUUUACAGGUAACGCGACGACUCCUGUACCACCGAUUGCACCGCCGCACGACAUAUUAUUUCCACAGCCGAACACAGCACUAUUUUCCACAAUACUGACGUUGUCCACCUUUAUCCUCGCUUACUACUUGCGUAUAUUCCGAAAUGGAAAGUUCCUUGGACGCAGUGCUCGUCGUGCUCUUGGUGACUUUGGUGUGCCGAUUUCAAUUGUCCUUAUGGUCGGAUUAUCGAGUCUGGUCCCAGUUUGGACGGAUAAUUUGAAAGUUCCAGAUGGUCUAACUCCAACAUCGGAUCGUUCUUGGCUGGUGCCCCUAAACCCUGGCCUAGAGACGAUCCCUAUGUGGGCAGCGUUUGCUAUGGCUUUGCCAGCAUUCAUGGUCUACAUCAUUGUUUUUAUGGAAACUCAUAUCGCUGAGCUCAUCAUUGACAAGCCUGAACGUAAGCUGAAGAAAGGCAGCGGAUUCCACAUGGAUAUCGUGGUGAUGUCACUAGUGAAUGGUGUGUGUGGAAUGUUCGGGGCGCCCUGGCAGUGUGUGGCGACGGUGCGAUCGGUCAGCCACGUGUCCGCCCUAACCGUUAUGUCCACAACCCACGCUCCUGGUGACAAACCUCACAUUGUGGAAGUCAAAGAACAACGUUUGACUGGUCUCCUGGUUGCUCUGCUUGUUGGCAUUUCCGUGUUAGCGUCCAGCUGGCUGAGGUUGGUGCCAAUGGCUGUGCUGUUCGGAGUAUUCCUCUACAUGGGUAUUUCCGCACUUGGAGGCAUUCAAUUCUGGGAUCGAUUCAUUUUACUACUGAAACCUGUGAAACAUCACCCGCAAGUACCAUAUGUUCGAAGAGUUCCGACAUUCAAGAUGCAUCUGUUCACGAUAAUUCAAUUCCUUGGAAUCUGUCUACUCUACGGUGUAAAGAUGUCGCCAUUUUCACUCGCCCUCCCGUUCUUUUUGGUGCUCAUGGUACCCCUGCGCAUGUCUCUUGUUCACGUCUUCACGCCUUUGCAGUUACGAGCGUUGGACGGUGCCCAAAAAGACAUUGACAAAGAUGAUGAACCAGAUUUCUAUGAAGAAGCGCCACUACCUGGUUAAAUUAGAAAUUUAUAAUAAACUUUCUAUGUUUCCAUUGAGACAUGAUAUAAUGUGAUAGCAUAUAAACGCCUACUACAGGAAAUACAUUUAGCGUGAACUUCUACCAAAGAUAUUUGAUAUAGCAUAGCGGCUGCGGAAUUAAAUACAUAAUAUAUUAACCAAAGCUAAGUAGUGCAGCGAAGUGGGUAAGGUGUGCAUAUAAGUAUUAUAGCUUUUCUUCACGGUCUGACUACUGCAGAAUACGCAUUCCCCAGAAUAGUAACACUUGAGUUGAUUGGCUCUUUAUUCUCAUCAUCAUCUCUUUACCCUUAUCCCUCCUAAGUGGGGUCGGAAAAAUAUGUCAAUCUUUUCCAUUCGUCUCUAUUACUCGUUAACUCAUCAUCCACUCCUUUUACACACAUGUCCUCUUUCACACAAUUCAACCAUCUCUUCUUUGGCCUUCCUCUCCUCUUAUGACCUUCCACUGGCACAUUCAACAUUUUUCUAAUAAUAUGACUUUCCUCUCUACGCAUUACAUGUCCAUACCAACCUAACCUUCUACUCCUCAAUUUUUCUGUCACUGGCGCCACCUUCAGACUUCCUCUUAUAUACUCAUUCCUUAUUUUAUCUAUUCUUGUCACACCACACAUCCAUCAUACGCAUUGAUUGGCUCUUUAUUCUACGAAAUAUAAUUUCUGAAAAACAAAAUAGCGUCCCAGCAUGCUCUGUGUAUUUACACGUCACACUUUAUUGAGCUCUUUAUCUAUUUAAUAUAAGUCAUUGGCGUUACUAUAAAAUCUAAGGCCCGUGGCAAAUUCAUUGGCCUCAGAAAAAAUGUAAUAUCAGGUACCUAUAUUUUUUUAAUUGCUAGAUUAUUUCUGCAAGUAGUAGUAGCCCAUGGUAGGCCCAUGACAUUUUGCGAGAACUGCCAUUCUAUAGUUGCGUCACUGGCCAUAGUGGUUAGUCCGUAAUAAAUUUAUAAUGCUGUCACAUCGUUCGUUUCGUUGUUAGUGACAUUGUAAUUUUACAUCCUUGAUACAUAAAGUUCAAAUCCGAACAACACGUGUUAUAGGCGCAAAGUUUCAAAGAGCAUAUAAUCACUAUACGUGAAAAGUCCGUCGACGAGUCUAAAAUAGCAGAAUUGCAUCUGUGUUAACGUUCGAUGAACGUCACGCCGUAUCGCUACUAGAUUACACGCGUAUACCUACUUAGUUGGACUACUUGGUUAUCUUCUUUGGCUUGUGCACGUAAAAAAGCUAGCUAUAAAAGCCUAUUAAAAUCUUGGAAUUAUACUUUUAGAUUAGUUACAAACAUAAUUAUCACUAGUCGAAAGGCACCCUACAGUGAAUGAAAUGGUCCUAUGGUCGACUGUAUGUAUUUUUAAGUAACAUAUUAAUUAAUACUAAGUAGAAUUUACAAUGAGUAUAUUUAUUAAAUAUUGGGCACGAUCGUUAAAGAAUAUAAUAAAUAUUUUAACUUUCGGUUACCUAUUUAAUGUUUAUGUAGACAUUCUGUAAAAUUAUAUUCUAGUGCCUAUAAAAUUACCAGUUUAAUGGUAAACUUAUGAAAAUACUUGUCAUUUUUGUUAGUUUUAAUGCACUGAUGUAAAAAAUAAAUCAUCUUUAUUUUUCCAUUUGUGAAUUUAUUUAUUAUUUGUAUUUAAAUAAACAAUAAUUCUAAAAUAUUACAACAGCUUGAAGUAUUGCAAAGCUUUUAAAGCUUUAGACGUUGUUCUAUUAGUUAAGUGAUGUUAAGCAUCUCGUUUGUGACGAAAAUAGUUUUAUAAGGUGGUUAAAUAUUAUAUAGUCUAUUUUAGAAAUAUAUACUAUAAAUUAAAAUAAAUAUGUAUGUAUAUGUAUAGGCCUACUUGACGUGUGAAGGCACAAUCAUAGUACUUAGUUUUCUUACUAUAUUUAACACUAAGUUGUCAUGCUGUAAAGGCCAUCAUAGCAGAGUCACAGAUCCGUUAUUUUGUUUAUGUUAUUUUGUUAAUUUGUUCAGUGUAUAUGUUACGGACAAUGUGUAUAUCCCGGCAUUCUAUAUAAUGCCUAGUCAAUGUAUAAAAUACCUAAAACGUGUAGGCAAUGUAUGAAAUAUUUUAUAUUUAUACAUUUCCUACGAAUUCUAUACAAUACCUGAUGCUUAGCCGGUGAUGUAUAUAAUUAUGACGAGCGCGAGUUCUGUAGCAAGGUCAAGAAGGUGAAGCCGAAUAAAAGGGUGAAGAAACAGGUCUUCUGACGUAAUAUUUUAAAUAUAUUACGCCAGUAGACCCGAGUAAUGACAAAAUGAGUAUUGAAAAAAUAUUUGCUAUGUUAAUCUGUUGCAAUAAUUUAAAUAGGUUUCUCGGAAAAAGUAAAAAAAUCUUGUGUUGAGAGGAAUAAUUGUUUGAUAUUAAACCUGAUAAUUAUAUACACAAACUUUUUAUGAAUUUUCUAUGCAAAUGGUACUAAAAUCUAUUUAAUUUUACACAUUAUCGGUGGAGCAGUGGAUAAUUUAUACAAUUCCUAAGUGAUUUAUGUAAUGUAAUAACAAUUAUAUGUAUAAUAUUUUAUACAUUGCCAAAACGCUCUAGGUGUUUUAUACAUUGCCUAGGCAUUGUAUAUAAUACCUGAAUUAUACUCAUUGCCGUUAACAUAUAUACAAGAAUGCUUACAGAAAAAUAGUUGUUCAUUUGUAAGAAUUGGAGAAUGUUUGUUAUUAUUUAAUGAAAAAAUAUAUUUAUCUUAUUCUUUAAUUGUUAUUAUUUUUCUAGUUCAUAAUUCACAUAAUAUAACUACAAAUAAUGUACCGAAUGAGCUAUGAAAGUAUUACCCACCUAUGAGUUAUAUGUUGUGAUAAUAGUUGAAGAGUGAAAGAAAAUACAAUAAUAAUUUUUAGCAUUAAAUUGUAAGAAGACUGUACAGUUUCAAUGUUUUAUUGGAAUACUAUAUCUUUACAAAUAAGUAUUAAGUAAUAAUAAACUAUAACAUAGGUGGAUGUAGUCAGUAUCGGUUGCUGGUAUUUUAUUUCAUCGGAAUAGACUUAAAUUAAUACAUUUUAUUCCAUCCAAGACAAAAUGAAAUAAUUCAAUAUUGGAGUCAUUAAACCGCGAGUACAUACCCUGUUUUAAUCACAACUAAUAGCUUUAAGUCUUUGGUAUCGAUCGGUCCAAACUGGUCGAAGAAUUUAGUCACCUAAUACUUUAUGGCUAAUAACUCCAAAACGAUUUUGCGACAGUAACCCAUGUAAAAUUUCAUUAACUUGAUUUUUAUUUUAAAAUAAAAAAUAAACAAACAUAAAAAUCGUUGAAAAAUUUUUGAUGUUUUUGCUAAAUAACACUGUGUUAACGGUGUUCAGCUAACUACAAUGAUACCGGCUAAAUGCGGGUCGGGCUCGCGCUCAAAUGGUUCCGUGCAUCUAUCUACAAAAUCGUAGAACGGAAAACGACAAAGCUGGCAAAAAAAAUACGUAUUAUAUAAUAUAUAAAUACGUAUACGUGUUUUUAGUAUUUGUUGUUAUAGCGUCAACUUAAAUACAUGAUUUGUGAAUAUUUCAACUGUCGAACUAACACGGUUUGUGAGGUACAACCUGGUGACCAGUAGCGUAUUUGAAAUCCUGGCCGCAUUAGACCCAGAGUACGUACUAGCCACCCCUUUUUGGCUCAUCAUAUGGAGGGCACAUAACAAUACACAUUUAUUGCAUUUUAUCCAAAUCAAUAAUUGAUUAUGUAAUAUUUUUCGAGAACGGAUAAUUGCCCAUUAAAAAAGCACUCAAAAAGUGACAAAAUUAUAAAUUAUUUUUCAUUGCUUCUUUUGUCACGAAUGGCCCCUAACUUCUGGCUUCCCUAGGCCUGGGCCUACUGGUCCUUAGGGUAAAUCCGUCACUAUUGGUGAUAGGGGGACGGACGGACAGACUAGUCUAAGUAAUAGGUUCCCGUUUUACUUUGGGCACGGAACCCUAAAACGAUAUUGAAUUUUUCAUUUAUCUAACCAUAAUUAAAGAACCGUUAUAAACUGGCAAGGACUUGUUACUGCUACUUGAACCGCUAGGUACCUACCUACUACCCCAAACGCCAUUCAUAUAAAACUUACUCCUAGAGUCCCUUACAAUUUUUUUUGCUACCAUAUUUACAAGUGAUUAAGUAUAAUAUAUUUGUUACCAUGCUUGAAUGGUUAAAUAUAUCAACAAUAAUGUUAAUUAUAGGAUUUAUAAUAAUUAAAUUAUCACAUUAAAAUUUAUUGUUAA